UACCCGUGGUCACCAUGGUAGGCGCAGAAAGUACCAUCGAAAGUUGAUAGGGCAGACAUCCGAAUGGAUCGUCGCCGUCACGGGGACGUGCGAUCGGCCCGAGGUUAUCUAGAGUCACCAAAGCGGCCGGGGAGAGCGGCGGCGGGCGGGAAUCAGGGAAGCCGAGACCACCCCCGCCCGCGGGCCCCGCCGCGCCCGGGCCCCCGGAUUGGUUUUGGUCUGAUAAAUGCACGCAUCCCUGGGGGUCAGCGCUCGUCGGCAUGUAUUAGCUCUAGAAUUACCACAGUUAUCCAAGUAACGGUUGGAGCGAUCAAAGGAACCAUAACUGAUUUAAUGAGCCAUUCGCAGUUUCACUGUACCGGCCGUGCGUACUUACACGUGCAUGGCUUAAUCUUUGAGACAAGCAUAUGCUACUGGCAGGAUCAACCAGGUAGGCGACGGAGCGAGGAGGGGGCUUCCGGAGAAGCCGCCCCCCGUGGAGAGGGGAGGAGGAGGCGGAAGGAAAGACCCGGAGAGUCCGACCAAAUGCCCCUGAAGGGCGCGCGCACGCGAGACCAAGCGCGGCCCUCUUCCUCCCCCUUCCUAGCCGCUGACAGCAGAGGAGCAGACGAGGGCGGUGGGGGUGAGAGGGAAGGAGGUGGCGGAGGAGGAGAAGAAGCCCCCAGGGCCGAGGCCCGGGGACGGGUCGCCUGCCUCUCGGGCUCCUUGUCUACCCGCUUCAACCCUGUGGUCUCUCUUCUCUGGCAAACGCAGGGGCUAUGCGGCGCGGAUGAUCCCACGCCCCGGCGGCCGGCCCCCGCGGGCAAGGUCGCUCGGAAGGCGCGGGUUCACCCCGCCGUGGGGUCGCCAACGAGUGGAUCGCGCGGCCGCAACCAGCCGGCCGGCGAUGGGGAGCCCGACGACAGCAGAGGAGGCGCCCGGCCGCCGCGCGGGGGGACGCCGCGGAGAAGGAACGACCCGGGUUACUGGGGAGAGGCAGCGGGGAAACUGCACCCCACCGAUCCCUUAGGCCCGAAGCGAAUCGGGUGACUGGGGAGCGGCAGAAGGCGUGCGACCCACGCGUCCCUUAGGCCCGGGAGGCCCUCCCGUGGGGGCGAGACCGCACGGUUUCAAACACAUUUUUUCUGCCCGUUCGGGUUGUUAGGAGUAUCGACCGCGGAGAAGAUGUGCCACGGCGCAGGGCACACCGCAGGGAUGGAACGACUCGGGUUACUGGGGAGAGGCAGAGGGCAGACACCCCACGCAUCCCUUAGGCCCGAAGCGAAUCGGGUGGCUGGGGAGCGGCGGAGGGCGUACGACCCACGCGUCCCUUAGGCCCGGGAGGUCCUCCCGCGGCGAGACCGCGCGACUUCAGACACCUGUUUUUCUGCCCGUUCGGAGCGAGCUCGACAGGACAGCCAGAGGGGUUCCCCCCCGAGCACCCACCGCCGGCAGCCGGAGCUGGGGGCGACGGGGUCGAACGGGUGAGGGGACCGCCACGAGAGCUGCGAAAACGCAGCGUCGGACCCGGGCUAGAAGGGAGAGAGGACACGCUCGCCGUAUGCCGGCACGGACUCCAAAGUCCGGCCGAGCGAGGGUCCCUACCCGCCGGGUCGCGACAUGCCAAAUCGAUCGAGGGU